GAUAGGCCCCAAAGCACAACCGUACCGGAAUCACCAACAAGCCGCCACCAAACGCUUCUUAAUUAAUUUCAACCUUUGAGUAAGCCUCAAGCUUCUUCUUCUCCUUCUUCCCAGCUAGUUGAAUUGUCUCUUUAUUCUCCACCAACCUUUUCGAACCAAUUAACCUUAUACUCUCAUGGAAAACCAUCCAUACAUUUUCCCUCUCCUCGUUUCGGUUGUCGUCUCCCUCGGCUUCGUCUCCUGCACCCUCUGUGUCGCCGCCGAAUUCAAGAAAUCUAAGGUGAAGGAUCUCAGCGUAGAUGGCAAGCAGCUGUGUUCCUUGCCGGAGAGUGCCGCUUUCCGGUUAGGACUCGCCGCGCUGGCGUGUUCUUCGGUUGCUCAGAUCGUCGGGAACUUGUUGCUUUGCGGAAAGUGGAUGUCAAUGGAGCGUGAAUGCAGUUGCGGCAAGACUAAGAAGCCCAAAACCGCCAUCUUCUUCCUCGUACUAUCAUGGAUGAGCUUUGGAGUUGCAGCAAUUUUAAUAGGUGUAGCCACAAGCAUGAGCAGAAGACAGGCACCGGGAGAAGGAUGGUUAGAUGGAGAUUGUUACAUAGUGAAAGAUGGAGUUUACUUUGCCUCUGCACUUUUGUUCAUAAUCACCUUCGCUUUAACCAUUGCAUCUGCCAUCUUCACUAGAAGAACCAAGCUCACCACCUCCAUACCCAACUAGAAUCACAUUUUUUUAACCCCCCAACUAAAAACAAAAAAAAUCAUUGUCAUAUAUGUUGAAAGGGAGAGGAAUUUGACCAAUUGAAGAGCUAAUAAGUUUUGCUAUUUAAUGACAAGGACAUGGAUGCUAAAGACUUUAUGGUAUAGAUAGAAGUUACAUAUUCAAAUGUAUGGAAAAAAAAAGUGCAUACUUUUUUUAGUCUUAGAAUAAGAAG